AUGGAUUCCACGUCUAUGUCCUUCGGAAAUGCGCUCUCCUCUCUGCAAGUGGGGAGUAACAACGGCGGGACGAUUAACUUCAUGCCCGAGAUUCUCAGGUCCCUGGCAUUUCCUCAGAUGUUAGAUCGGAGAGAGAACAUUGAGCGACGCCACGCCAACACUUGCGAAUGGAUCCUGAGAAUGGAAUCUUAUAACACAUGGAUUGGUAAUCGCCAGGGUUUACUUUGGGUCAAAGGCAAGCCGGGCGCAGGGAAAUCAACUUUGAUGGCAUUCCUCUAUGACAAACUCGAUCAAAUUGAGGGCAUUCAACUCAACUUUUUCUUUACGGCUCGAGGCUCUGAGCUACAGAGAACCUCACUUGGUAUGUUCAGGUCUUUGCUCAACCAGAUAUUUGUCUUGGACGACAUUGUGCGCGGUGCGGUGCGCGAGACGUAUGAGAAACGAUGUCAGCUGUUUGGUCAUUAUGAUGAGCACAAAUGGCCACAAACUAUGCUUGAAGAAUUGCUGACGGGUGCUAUCCUCACCUCGGCGAAUCAAAAACAAGUGAGAGUUUUUGUGGAUGCUCUGGACGAGACCGGCGCUGAAUCCGCUCAGAAGCUGGCAUCAUAUUUCCAUCGACUCAGUACUCUUGCUGGAAAGGAGAAGUUGCCUCUUCAGAUCUGCAUAUCAUGCCGGCAUUAUCCCAUUAUAUCAAGCCCCCAGGCCGUGGAAGUAUGCGUCGAAGAUCAUAACCAGGGGGAUAUCGCGACGUAUAUUGACGACGUCCUUGCUGAGAUGGAAGACGAUGAAGGUAUCACCCGAGAUAUGAAGGAGGAGCUUAUGAUGCAAUUGAAUGAACGGGCCAAGGGAGUUUUUCAAUGGGUUCAUAUUAUGGUGCCUCUUCUUCAACAGCGAGUUCUUGGUGGAGAUUCUUUGGAUGACGUCAGGUGCUGGUUGGAUGAGGUCCCGGCUGAUCUAGAGGACGUGUAUUCAUACAUUUUGAACGACGUGAUAGAUCAAAGGAAUCGCGGACAAUCGUUUCUGUUAUUUCAAUGGCUCUGUUUUGCUGAGCGAGCUCUGACGUUGACUGAAAUUCGAUACGCCUUGGUAGCGAAGGAUGCCAAAACAUCACCUUUAGCAAAGAAGUGGGAAAAGAUCGAGGGGUUUAUCGACACCGACAAUCGCAUGAAGCGAAAACUGAAGGCUCUUUCUGGUGGCCUUGUCGAAGUGGUCUCUGGCGAGAUGGACGAUGAAAACUCACAAUGGGGAUUUUCAGGGCCUUGCCAGUUAGUUCAAGUGGUCCACCAAUCGGUUAAUGAUUUUCUAUCCAACAGGGGACUGGAGCUGUUACGCCUACCAGCCGGCAAGAAUCCGUCACUUCAAUGUGGCACGGCACUCUUCUUCCAAUCCCAUGCAGCCCUUUAUCGGUCAUCUUUGAUCUACCUAACCACGGUAAAAUUACCUCAAAAAUUGACGACGAAAGAUCUGGGUCGGAAUUACCCGUUUCUUGCAUAUGCCACCAAGAAUCUCUUCAUUCAUGCUGAAAAAAGCGCUGAGUAUCGAACUCAAGUGCUCCACAAUGAAAUCGAUACCCUCCAGGAGCUGUUUCACCGAUGGUUCAAGAUCCAGCAGUGCUUUUUAUCAAACUCCAUUUACGACGUAUUCCCAAUUGAAACCAAAAUCAUACACGUGACUGCAUUCUACAACUUAACUGAUGCCCUCGGAUGUUUGGCUUUGAAGGGGGAGCCUUUGGGGGACGAAGACUUCAACGGAAAUACAGCGUUUCAUCUUGCAGCUCGUCGUGGUCAUAUAGCUGUGGCAGAAAUUCUUCGACGGAAUGGAGCAGACUGUGGGGCAGUAAACACAAAAUCUGGAAAAUCUGCAAUGAUUGAGGCGGCCGAAAAUGGAAAGUUAGAAUUUGUCGAAUGGCUCCUGGAUGGUGGAUCAAAUGUCAACAAGGCAGCACGCGACGGGGAAAGUGCGCUACAGGCAGCUUCAGAGAGGGGCCAUCAUGCCGUGGUGGCAAUUCUAAUCGAAGCGGGUGCUGAUGUCAAUGCCCAAGGUGGUGGAUUCUUUGGCCAUGCUCUAAAAGCAGCUGCUAAGAAUGGAUAUGUUGAAGUAUGUCAGCUACUCCUAGAUGCACAUGCGGAUGUCAAUGCCCAAGGUGGUUUAUAUGGCAAUGCUCUACAAGCAGCUGCUAAGAAUGGAUAUGUUGAAGUAUGUCAGCUACUCCUAGAUGCACAUGCGGAUGUUAAUGCCCAAGGUGGUUUAUAUGGCAAUGCUCUACAAGCAGCUGCUGAGAAUGGAUAUGUUGAAGUAUGUCAGCUACUCCUAGAUGCACAUGCUGAUGUCAAUGCCCAAGGUGGUAAAUAUGGCAAUGCUCUACGAGCUGCUGCUAGGAGUAGACAUGUUGAAGUAUGUCAGCUACUGCUAGAUGCGCAUGCUGAUGUCAAUGCCCAAGGUGGUGAAUAUGGCAAUGCUCUACAAGCUGCUGCUCAGGGUGGAUAUAUCGAAAUAUGCCAGCUGCUACUAGAUGCGCAUGCUGAUGUCAAUGCCCAAGGUGGUUUAUAUGGCAAUGCUCUACAAGCUGCUGCUUACUUUGGAUAUAUUGAAGUAUGUCAGCUACUGCUAGAUGCACAUGCUGAUGUCAAUGCCCAAGGUGGUAAAUAUGGCAAUGCUCUACAAGCUGCUGCUUUGAGUAGAGAUAUUGAAAUAUGUCAGCUACUGCUAGAUGCGCAUGCUGAUGUCAAUGCCCAAGGUGGUAAACAUGGCAAUGCUCUACAAGCCGCGAGACGAAAAGGACGCACCGAUAUCGUGAAGCUGCUGCUAUACACUGGUGCCUACUAG